AUGCCUCCUCAGACUCGAGGGAGGAGGGUACAGUAUGAAGAAGAUGACUAUACACCAGAGUCCCCGCCAGAGCCUGCACACGACUACAGCAGCUUCCCGCCUGACGGCAAUAGCGACAGCUCCGCGAAUACAAACGCCGACUUGGGCAUAAUCGUGAAGACCAAGUUUCCUGUCGCAAGAAUCAAGAGAAUCAUGCAAGCCGACGAGGAUGUCGGCAAGGUCGCCCAGGUCACACCUGUAGCAGUCUCGAAAGCCCUGGAGCUCUUCAUGAUCAACCUUGUAACAAAAGCUGCCUCCGAAGCCCGAUCACGCGGCCAGAAACGCGUCACGCCUGCUCAUUUGAAGCAAGCCAUCACGUCCGACACGCAGUUCGACUUUCUCGAGGACGUCGUCAAGAAGAUUGCCGAUGCGCCCGCUGCUACUGAGAAAAUGGACGAAGAUGAGAGUGGUGAGCCCAAGAAGCGCAAGGGCGCAGGCCGGAGAAAGAAAAAAGAAGACAGCGAGGAGCUCUGA